AUGACGCCUGGCACUUCUUGGCUUCUCCCUCAGCUAAAUCCUGCAAAAUCAAAACAUGGCGCGAGAUACGUGGAGAUUCCCGGUGAAUCCCUGACUAGGGCCACAUGCAUUUAUCGAAAUAACCACAACACUGCUGACCUUAUGAAUCCCUCCAGGGAUGAGUGCAAAGAUACAAGCUCAAAUACCCCAUCGGCGUUCUGGAAAUAUCAUGGUCUGGCUAGGGAUGGGAUAAAUUUAUUGUUGAACAAUGGUUUUGAAGAAUCACAAAAGCUCUUUCGAAGUCACAGGUAAAAUUUCAUCGUUAAGACGUGUUGAAUAGGGUUUUGUUCCGAAUAAUUCUCGUGUAUUAUGUAUUUUGUUUUUACAAAAUCUCGCACCGAUGAAGUCUCUCUGAGCGAAGAAUGUUUUUUUAAUUUUCAACCUCUGUUUUAUGCUGAUUUUACCUGCAAGAACCGGUGGCUUGUUUUUUUACGCAUAAUAUUUAUUCUGGUAGUUGCUAGAACACUGUUUCUUAUCUUCCGUGGUGGGCUUGGCCUUUAGCUAUGGGCUCAUUUUUCUUGGGGUGGAAAUUAGGGUGAGGAUAAAAAUUUGAUGGCAAUUUCUUCUUUUCUGAAAACCUAUGCUAACGUAAAUUAGCGUUUACCGCAAGCUCGUGUUGGUCAUCGUAUAGACUUGAAGGACUUAUUGAAUGAUAUAUUUACAACUGAUUUGCAUGAAAGGUGAAAGUAAGCGUUUCCUCGAUACGAAAAGUUUUAUCUAUAAUUUUGACAAGUAGAGUCUAAACAUCGAACAGCGGGGAUUUUUUAUCACAUUUUGUAACCUCGUCUUGUGGGAAGUCGAACAAGAAAUGGUUGUUUUCGGGUUAGUACAUAAAAAAUUCAUGAAUGAUCCUUCUUUUUUAUGCCUACGCAUUUGUGAUCCGAAAGAAACUUUACAUUUUAGAGAGCUGCCUCGAAUUUACAUUAUGUCACCAAUCAUGUGAGUUCAUAACCUGUCAGAUAUUUGAAUUGAGAUAAGUUAACGAUUUAUUAACAGGCUUGAAGAAGGGAAAUUUUAUUUGCUCAAUAAUGUGAAUUCUUUUUUUUAGCUUAAUUAGAUUCAAAACAGCAUAUUCAAUAAAAUGCAUUUGCCUACUGGUGAAGUUAAAAUUCUCUUAUGUUCUCAGAAAGUUUACUUUGUGCAGCUUUUUGUUAAGGAUGUUUCAUUUUACUUAAAUGGUUCAAAAUUAUUAAAGACUUCAACCAUACAAUUUUUUUGAGCAAAACAUUAGCACUUCAUGUGACUGUGUUUAGAUCUUGAUUACACAAAUUAAUUAUCCUCCAUGACCCUUCUUUUUAUACCAAAUACUUUCUAGAAUGAAAUUAAAGUAAUUUGUGUGCAAGCACAUAAAUCAGCCUGUCUAUACUCUUGUUAGGUAUUUCUUGCUUGUUAUAAUUAUUUGGCUAUUUUUGGGUGAGGAUCAAUGUCAUAAAAUAUUCAAAGUUUAACAAACAAGAUUGCAUUGAAGUUAGUGUAAGAUAAGUCUUCUUGUGUAUUUAGUGAUUCAUAGAAACACAAAGUACAGCUAAGAAACUUUACCAACAUUGAAUAACUCAGCUGUAUACACCAUGUAGUUACCAUCAGUGACACUGAAAGUGACGACAUGUUAGUUAGUACUGGCAAUUUGACUGAGUUGAGUCCAAUUUGGUUGUUAAUCAUGCAAGUGAUUCACAUUUGUAUGAUUGAAGAGACCAAGUUAGACAACAGAAAGUCAUGUUGCCAAUUAAUUUGAAAAACAAAACAGCCAUAAUUAUGAUAUAAAACUGGUGGCUGUUUUGUUUUGCAACCUUGUCAUAGUAAAUUAUGUUUCCAUUAAAAAAAACAACAACAACAGUUAACUCAAGGAAAUACAGAACAAUAGUACGUGCACAUGAUGAAUAGUGACCAAUCACACGCAUACAGUCUAGUUACAACUAUAACAUAUACAAUGUCCUAAAACCAGAAGAUGUGCUGGUGAUAACCGAUCAAAUUCAAGAAUUUUGUGAAAAGUCUGAUUAAUCUAAGGUCUGAAAGUUACUGUGUUUGCUAAUCAUCACAAUAAAAUGUCCAGUGUUUGUUUUGCCUGCCAUGGUUUUGACAACUUAAUUGAAUUUGAUGUUAUUUGCAAUAUCUUUUUGUAGCCUGAAUUGAUAUGUCAGCAGUAGAAGCAAAUAUUUUGUUUUCAGUAAUUAAUUAUUUCUAUAACUCCCAGAAAUUAUUAAUAUUAAAUUAUUUUAUUUUCAAUAUAUUAUCCAGUGAGAAUAUACAAACUUUUUAAUCAGAUGCUUUUUUUCUGGAAAUAACAUGAAAUUCUUUUGAGUGACAUCUAUGGAAAUGAAGGGCAGCUAAUAAAGAAAAGCUAUGCUCAUAAUAUGUUGCAAACUGAAGGGUCAACAGGGAAACAUGAUGUGCUUGGAUGUUAUCUGAAACUUAAUUUUGAGGAAGUAAUGCUGUUAUAACUUCUAAGGGGCUAAAAGUUAUGAAUUCCUUAAAUUCCUACAGUUGUUUAAAGUUAUGGAGGCAAGUCAUUGUUAGUUUAUGAAAUAAUUCAAUGCUCAUUAGCAUAACUAUUUCUGUAUAAACAUUUUGACGGUACAAUGCAUUGAAAAUGUGCAGUUAUACAUGAAAAUGGGUAAACCGGUAUUAAGGACUAGCAAAAGUAAGCUGCAAUUAGAGUUUGAGUAACAUUAAGCCUGUGAUGUUGCAGUAAGUGAUGUAGAAAUCAAACUUGACAACAAACAACUUCUGUUCGGCAAAUUACUCUCAAAGUAUUUGAAAUUUGUGUCUACAUGAAUCCAUCAUCACUUAGUAAAGCAAGCAUCUGUCUCAUGAUCAACAGUCACUUCUCAUAAUAAAUUUGUCAGGUAGUUUUGGUUUUGUAGCUUAGUGAAGCAGAUACUUUCAAGAAUGUACUUUUUCAGGGAGGGUUAGAAUAACAACAACAAUUUGAAUGCAUCAUGGCCCAGACAAGUUAUUUUUCUAGGUUGUGGAGAGGUGGAUUUAAUUUUUAUAGAAUUUGUCUUGAGGUCAAAAGGACAAUUGACAAAUUUAAAAGAAUCACAAGGUGUAUUUUUCUACAAGUAAUUACAUGAUCCAAUUGUUACUUUUAAGUGUGGAGAUGAUUUUAAAGUUUUUUUUUUGCAUUUGUUUUGAUAUGGAAAUAAAGUAAGCUGGUACAUAAAAUUUUGUAUACAUGUACUAUAGGUAAUGGUGCUGUCAUUGGAAUUUAGCUUUGUUUUACUGGUAGAUACAUUGUAUGCUGUAUACUCUGUACAGUGUACAUGUGAUUUAAAAUUUUUUUCAUCAACAUCUGCCUCUUCUUUUCUUUUUAAAGUGAUGGCUCUCCACUAAUGAGUGCUGGUUCAGGCAUGGUAGACUUUGUGGUAAGUUAUACCUGUCCAGUGCUUGCCUUCUUCAGUAUGUAAUUUGUUCCAAACAAGAUAAGUAAAUUUCCAUGAUAUAAUUGUCAUGCAUAUUUCCAGGGUCAGCAGUUCUGAUUCUAAGCAGUGUUUACACAUAGGAACCCUGCGGUAAAUGGCCUAUCUCACUGGAAAUUAUCUGUAGCUCUGCCUGAUAGUGGAAGAACAUUGGACUGUAAUAUCUGAGGAUCUGAUGUUUGAUUGUGCAUUCUUCAUCCCACCCCUGUGACAAUUCAAUUAUUUUUUUUCUGUUUUCAGUGACUUAGUACACAAUUUGUCAUAUUUCUAUAUCAAUAACUACAUGUACUGUAUUUUGAAGAAUUUUCUUGUCAAAAUCUUUGUUGAUUGUCUACUUUUGAGUUUUUUUUCAUUGCAGCAAGCAAUCCUUACAUUUGAGGAUGAUCAGCUUGACAGGGCUCUUGAGAACCUUAAAAGAGCUCAGAGGGUUUGCUGUGUAGAGAACAUCAGGAAGGGUACAGGAAUGGGGCUUGAUGAACAGCUGAUGAGGCAGAUCUUGUAUGCUGAUUGUGAGCUCUACAUGGCUCUUCUGACAUUCCUAAAACAAGGUAAAACUAACACUCUGAGCCAUUGCUUUUUAUAAUAUGGUAGAAGUAACAUUUUGUUAUGGUUUAUUCACCAUUACAGGCAUCACUGAUUAUAUCAAGGGUGGAUAUCUGAUGCGACGUGCAUGGAAGCUCUAUGAUAAAUGCUACCGUGAGAUAAGUGCUAUUGGUGGACCAUUCUUGGCAUGGGCCCCUGAGCUAAGGUGUAAUACAAAUGGUGCUAUUUCAUCUGGCCUUGAUGAUGUUGAAGAGGCUAUUGAUGAGGUAACUAUGUGUAUAUGUAGACAUGUGUAAUCAUUCAGCACACUUAUUAAUAGUAUUCAAAUGAAUGUGCAUUUUUUGAGCUGGUAGUUUUUGUAGCAAGGCACAAUGUUAUGGUUUUUCUUUCUCAGUAGCUCUGAUCUUUUCUGGUCAGGAAUGUCCUUGUUAAUGGUUACCAGUGGACUCACUAGCUGUAAUAGACUGCUUACUCAGUGCACAGUUUGUUAUUUCCUUUCAAGCAUUCAAUGGGCUGUGAGCAGUACCAUUCUCCCAAAGUAGACUCUUGUUCACACCCUUUAACUCCCAAGAUCUGAUUGUUACUUCUCCCCUCUAGGAGCUGCACAUUUCCUUGUAAAUAAGUUAAUUGUAAAUUAAGUGUUACAUCAAGGUAACGGCUUCUGCCUGAUAAGUUUGAAUAUUCUUAUUGCCUGUUUGCUGGAUAUUAUAUUGACAUCAUAGGGAGAAGUUACAUGUUGAUCAUUCCUGAGAGUUAAUGGGUUGAUUUGUCCAUAAUAGUGGUGCAAGCAGUGAAGCAUGAUUACACAUAAAGAUGUUAUCACACAGUAUUCUACAGUACCGGAGUUGUUACUAAAUUGGUAUUGUCCCCAACACUGUAGUCUGUAGAAACUUGUGUGGUAUCACCCUUGGACCCUGAGGAUGUGGUGUCUCCCCUGGACAAUCUAACCAUAAAUGAAGAAACAGUCAAGCUCUCAGCUGCAGCAGUCAGUCCUGAGGCAUUAAGGCACCUUCAGGCUGCAGUAUCCUGUGGUUAUGGGCUGUUUCAUUUGGCAAUAUCUCUAGUGCCACCCAAGCUGUUAAAAUUCUGUCAUCUUCUUGGCUUUUCUGGAAACAGAGAAAUUGGAAUUCAAGCAUUGAACUUGGCAAGUCAGAGUGAAGAUAUGAAAGCUCCAGUGGCAAGGUUAGUUCAAGUAAUAUAAAGAUUUCAUAACUUUGCUAGAAAAUUGUGAAGGUCCUUCAAAUAUACACUAAGUAUCUUCCUGUAUGAGUAUUUUCGUAAAAUCUGCACAAGUGUGAAGGAUUUAGAGUGUUCUCAAACCUGUUCAAGGUUUGUGGGAAGAUCCACCCUUGGAGAUCUCUUUAGAUCUUCAAUAGUCAAGGUCAUUGUGACAAAAAUAAUUUUACACUUUUUUCCAGGGUUCUUGGCUAAAAUUUUCACCAAGUCUUUUUGAGUAUUAUUAAAGCAAAGAACCUUCCAAAGAGCUUUCAAUAGUUUUCAGUUUGUAAGAAGUCAUUCCUCACUUGCUUACUUGUAUGGUUUUACUCUUCCAGUAGUAUGCUUCAGUCUAUAAAGUAAAUUGAAGCUGUGAUAUUCAUAUUCUCCUAGACUUACCUUACUGUGGUAUCAUGCGGUUAUCAGACCAUUUGUUGCUCUGGAUGAAGGAAAAAAUGAGGAGGGUGUGUAUUGUUAGCUUAUCAACUAGACAAAUAGUUAACUAAUCCAACUCAACACUAGUAUAACUUACAUUUUGUACUUAAUGAUAUGAAUUAGAAAUGUAGACUUACCACUAAACUGUACCUAGCAUACACACCAUGUAACCAACACCUAAGCAGAAAAAUGGAUCAUCACAUACAGCUUUACCAACAGUUUUAGAGUCUACAGUGCCCAAGAUGAGGUAGACUCAUUGUUAUCUUGUCCGUGAGUCUGUCCUUGAACAAUCCCAUCAUUCAUAGUGGCCUUACACAUGCAAAUGCUGUUUUAGAAAAUAGCUGAAAGAAAUUUCUGAGUUGUUAUGACCCAAAAUUCACUUCUUUUAUCCAUCACUCAGUUACUCCUUCUUUCCACCUCUUCUUUCAACUCAUGUUAACUUUUUGUCAGUCUGCUAGCAUGUAAGGCUUUAGCUUGUUCAAUUCCAUUUCCUGCAUGGGGCUCAACUGAUAGCUAAGAAUUGGUCAAAAUUUCAACAGUUAGCUGAGAAGUAAAGUGUAUUUGACUGACAGGGUGGAUCUAAGACCAAAAAAUUUGACUAAUGGAUAAAAGAUCAUUUGAAAUAAAGACUGAGUAAGAUCUUUCAAAUACAAGGCGCUUGGAUAAAUAUACUUUUCAAGGGUGACAAGCCAUCUUACAUUUCAGUAUUUAUAGGCCUUGUUUUCAAACUUUGUUGAUCCAGUAUGGAUGAACUGUAGUCUGGAAUGAUUGAAACAACCCAUUUUUUCAAAAGUGGAAAAGAAUAGACAAACAUUGUGACUUGGCAAUAGACUUCUCAAAUGCUGAUUUUCUGCUCAGGAAAAGGUGAGGUUCUGGAUGAAAAGAGAUACAAAACAUAUACUUUUUGUUAACAAAAACAGCGAAGAAAAGGAAAAGAAAGACAAAGGAAAAAAACUUGCCUCUGCUUGGAGUCAAUCCCUUGACCUUUUGCCUGAGGGGAGAAGCACAAUCCAUUGUGCCAAGUGUAAUAUAACUUGGAACUUGAUCUGAACACUAUUGACCUAACCUGUUUAAUUAAUUUUCCUUGACAAAUGAUGUUUAAGUUCUUGUAAUUUGAUAUUUUUUAAGGUUUAGCCAAUGCGACUUCUAUCUUAGAAGAAUCUUACCAUGAAUACCCUUGCUCAGCUGUUUUUUUGUUCUUCAAAGGGCUUGUAUCCAGAUUGAAGGUUAGAUACAAAAAAUCAUGGGUUUAAUUUGAGCACAAUUGACUUGUUUCUGAUUCAAAAUGAUGUGUUUUCUUGUAAAAACAAUCUCACCUACUAGAGUAGAGUGGAAAAAAUUUUUUGUUGAUUUAAUUUUAUUUGUGUAUGCUGUAUACAAGAUAACAUCAAUGGAAGAAAAGGAAUGCAAAGGAAUUAAAGAUCCUGGCUUCUUGCUUUUGUGCCAUGAAAACAAUUUCAGUUGUUUAUACCAUUACAAUACAGAAAUAACUGGUCAUCAGGCCUCAAAAAAAAAGCUGUUAACUGGACUAAAUCAGUGGAGUAUGUAUGUAGAGCUAAUACAGCUGUUUAUCGCUAAACAGGGUCACAUUGGUGUAGCAUUGGAUGAAUUUCAUCAAGCCAUGCACUCUGCUGCAGGACAGCAAGAAAUAGCUCUUAUAUGUCAAUAUGAAAUAGGUAAUUAUUUGGAAAAUUUUCCUAGAAUUAUUAUACUAGUAUUCCAACUUGAAUACUUAAAACAUACUUGAACCAUUUCAAAAAUUGACUUGAAACUCUUUGUCUGUGAUACAUGCUGGUGUGAUGUUUUCUUGUGCUCUCCUCAGGUUUAUAUACAUGAUAAUCUGAUCACUUGGUUUAAAGGCAGGAGCAGUUCCUUAUGCUUACUUAAUUUCCUAUAAUUCAAGUUAGCCAGUUGAUUACUUUACAUGAUGUUACAUUUAAUCCAAAACUUGUCUUCCUCGUUUAGGUUGGUGUCACAUGUUAAGGCUUGAGUGGGAAUAUGCUCUCCCAGCAUUUCUUAGGUACUUUUUUUGUUUGUUUGUUUGUACCAUCUUUUAUUUAUUUCAUUGGGAAAAAGAAUGUCCUUUGUGCCAAGUAGCUCGCAAAAACAGAAUUGUUGUAGAGCAACUCUGUUUAUCCAUAUUGAAUCCUUUGAUGCCUAAGAGUGACCUACAGUACCACCCUUGAAUCACACCUUGAGGUUUUGUAACAGGAGUAAAGGAGAUGAUCACUGCCUGAAGAAGCUGUUGCUUUUUAAACAAAUUCUCAUUGUCAACAUCUUAGGAUGUGUAUAGAGAACAGUAUGGAGAAUAUGCAUACUGAUGUUAAAAGUUAAGUAAAAGUUAAAGGUUAAGGCUGCAUUCUUUUCAACCAUGAAUUAUUCAAUGUUCUUGAGACAACACAAUACCAAGUCACCAAUUCAUUUAUGAGUGCAACUGGAGUAAACCAGUCUUAAGUGUUUAAUGGUCAGUUGUGAUCUUUUUAAAUUAUAGAUUGAAAGAAGAAUCCAAGUGGUCGCAAAGUUACUAUGCUUAUCUCUGUGGAGGUAAAUUGAUGAUCAUGUAAAUCAUAUUGUGUAAUAGGUUGUGGCUUGUCAUUGUGGUAAAUACCAAUUUCAAAAGAAAUAUAUCGUUUGUCUCACUUCGGUCACAUGGGAUGUGGAUUGUGACGUUUUGACUGCAAACUGCUAGUCCUCCUCAGGUGAUGAGGUCAAUUGAGCAAGCGUCACUAAUAUGCUGUACCGCUCAGCUGUGAUUGAAUGGAAUUCCAUGGCUGCGAUUGGUGCAUCUUUGGAUCAGUUCCCUCUGUGGUCCAUUGCCCACAGCUCUUCUUCUGUUGUGGGUUUUUUUUACUUUUGAAAAAUUAAAUCCUGGUUUUAAAUCACCACAUAUGUUUCUCUUUGCAACUUUCAUUAUUUUCAUUAUACAAAGUAAUUGUUGUUCACAUCCUAACUGUAGAAAAAAUAACCAUUGUGUAUGUGGUGGUACAUGUACAUGUAGCAGUGUUGUCUAUUGGAUGCCCCCCUGAGGCAAGAAAGUAAUGAAAUGUUUAUCACAGUUUACUCACUCUCUCUCCAAUAGCUUCUCUUUUUCUGCUGAGCCCAAGUUUUAAUUAUACUAUUAUACCAGUUCUCAUGAGGCCCCAGUAUGUACUGCAUAAGAACAGAAGUUGAUUGUAUUUGUAUAAAUGGCGGCAUUUCUUUUUUUAUCAUUUAGUCACAAUAGGCAUUUUAGGAAGUACAGUUGAGGCUCAAGCACAAUUUAAAUUGGUUCCUAAAUUUGUCAAGAAGAAAACUCCACUGGAACAGUUUCUCUUAAGGAAGGUAAGCUUUCUCUGUCGAUAAACUUGAGGUAUGAUAUUGAUUUUGGAGCUUUAUUGUGGGGCCGUACACCUUGUCUUCUAGCAGUUACGUGGUGCACAGGUAGACCAACACCUUUUAGGAGAAUAAUUAGCAAGAAAUGCGAACAAAAAUACUUUAUUAGACCUCUUGCUAAUGAUGUCAAGUUCAAUAUUGGGAUCACAUUACAUGACAGACUAAGUCACGCAGUUUCUUGUAUUUUUAACACCGAGUUUAUAAUUAAAGAAAAAGCUGUAAAAGAGACUCUCUUGAUACUCGAAACAGCAGACGAUUUGGACACAUUAACUACUUGCAAACUUGAAAAACAUGGCCAAAACUAAUGUUCCAACUUUUAUGAAAGGUUUGGCAUUCGACUAAUAUGAACCUUGAUGUUCUACUGCGUUGAGAAAGAAAUAUCGUUCUUGUUAUCACUUGAUUAUUACUUGACGAUUGUCGUUUUUAUUCUCUAUAUUUCAUUAUAAAAAACAGCCAUCUAUCUGCUAUUGCGACUCAAUCUAAUAAAUGAACGUAAUUUUUUUUCUCGCAUCGAUUUCUCAAGUUGUAACUGUCCGCCUUCACCAGAUUAUGUUUCAGUCGAGCUGCACCAGGUGCGCUGGAUUGAGGGAGCAGGUGACGUCAAAGUGUAAUGGCCGAUUUAGUAUGCAGAACGGCAAUUAAUUUCGGUUAAGAGCACAAAAGUUCCGUGCUGCAUACUUAAUUAACCAGGUUCACUCAUUGCAAAAUUAAUCUAGUAGUCUUUGACGUUAAUUUACAGUUCGACAAAACUCUUAUAAAACAUCUCGACAGGAACAUAAUCUUGUAAUGGUGGAUGACUGAAAUGAGAAAUCGAAAAUGAAAAAAAAAGCUAUAUUUGAAACGGAUGCGCUCUAAUAAGAAUUUUAAUAAGAGUGAGAACAGAAAUUACAUUUUAUAAUGACUGGGGCCCAGGAGCCUAUCAGCUUGGGCAACACACUCGUUAACUUUGACGUCAAAAUUUACCCAGACUAGAGUUUUGCAACUGGCUGACUGAUAUGUAUACUCCAUUACAGUUGUUUCAGUUUCAAGUUUUGUCUUCUUUUUUUUUUCGUUGGUUUGUUUUUAGGCUGCUAUGUACAAAAAAGGGCCACCAUCAGAGGCUGAUUGUUUACUGUUAGCACUAGAACUUCUGUAUCUGUGGAGAGCGUUCUACACUUGCAGCGAAACUGUCUUAAAUAGAAUUCUUUCAGGUAAGACUCUUCUUUAUUUAAAAAGUACCAAUAGUCUUAGCUAUAACACAAAAAUCUGUUUACCUACAUUGUAGAAACUGCAUUCAAGACAGUGCUAUGAAAAUUUUUGCGAAUACCUUUAUACCCAGACUUGAGACAUGUUGUGGUUGAAACAGUUGGUGAGUUUACCAGAUCGCGACAGGGAGAUAGCAAUCUUGAGGAUGGACAGAUUGUAAUCAUGGGCAGAUUGAUCCCCCUUUAAAUUAUACAAGCCAUCUAAGCCUUAAACCAUGCAUUUAUUCACACAAGAAUUAACCAAACCAAUGUUUUAUUCAAAUCCUGAAUAACCAUCUGUCGAACGGGACAUCAUCUGUAGUCAGUUCGGAUCAUGCGUAAUCAUUCAACUUCAUUGACUAAAGGAGACCAGCGGUAUGCUGUCGAAUGAUUGCGGUCCACUUCGGUAGUGACUACGAGGUAAGAGACACGAUAGUGGUAUAUUAAGAGGUGUUAAAUCCUUGCUUGUUUAUUGCAGAUGUAGAGGAGUGUCAAGUGAGUGCCAAUCUUGUUCCUCUCAAGUCUCUUAUACAAGGAUCGGCUUGUCAGGUCCUUAAGAAAACUGACUUAGCUGUGAAGGUGCGUGUAAUUGUAACAAAGUUUAAACAGAGGAGAUGGCUGUGAAAUAGUUCCUUGCGUUUGAUAUUUUAACCGUUAUGCACCUCGGUUGAGCCGGUCAGCGGACAUGAUACCCUUUUCGUUUGGUGGACCAUUUCCAAAAGUGACACUUUCAGCCAAGCUUCAAAGUUCGUAGCUAAGGAUCUAGUUGAUAUAGAGGCCGUGUUUAAGCUAUUGAUUAAAGCCAUCUCAGCUAUACUGUAUUUGUUUCUAUUUGAUCGACAGUUUCUUCAGGAUGCUAUCGUCAAAUCCGGUCGUAGUCCUCCAGAUUCGCACGUGCCUCCUUUUGCCAUGUAUGAACUUGGUGUUCUAUAUGCGCAAGACGGAAAGGUUAGCAGUGUGUUGACCAAUAAUUUUUUCAUAAAAAAAUUUAAGACGAGAUUUGGAGAAACGUUUGAUUGCAAUGUUCAAUGCUAAAACGUUAUCAAAAUACGUAGAAACUUCUUUAAAACUUGUAAAAACUUCUGAAACUGUUCGUGAAAUAUCGUUGACGACGUUUCGACGUUGCUUCCUGUCAUUAUCAAGUCAAGAAUAAAAUGACAAGUUGAAAUUUAUAAAGUAAUUAAAAAAAUAACAAAGGAAAGAAUGUUUUUGUGCCAGAGGUAAAAUAGCAAUAAAGUGUUAAGCAAAAAGUUUGAUGUGAAUCGGGUCUCAUUGCGUGUUCAGAGGAAUAAAAAGCAUUUCGUAGAUCAAACGGUCAAACUUGCUGAUACAUUUUCUGAAGACCUAAGAAAAGCCAAUCGAUGGGUUCUUUUGUGUAAUCCAUGCUUCGCCAUGAAGUGUUUCCCAUGGCAGAGUGAUGAUGCUUGAUUCGUUAAUUCUCGAGUGGUAUACACGACAUAAUUUGCAUCACAGAUAUACAUUCAAAGAGAUAAACAACGCGUCACUGUAGCAAACGGAGAAACGACAGAGACUUAGAUUAUUGCACACGCAUGCUUAUUACACCACAGUCCUUAGAAGGACUGUGGUGUAAUACUAUGUGGAAUUCAGGCCUGCUUGAGUUUUUCGAAAAUUUUGUAGUUAUCGUUAUUAUGAGCUAGUUACUAGAAUUAAAGUAAUCCUGUAUAAUGUGUAUAAUUUUUAAUAAUUUUUAAUUUUCAGAUGAGCACCAAAGGAGAAGAACUGUUGAAAAGAGUCAAGGUUGAUGGAAAGCGUCUUUAUUUUAUUUUCUGUCCUUUCCUGAAACUUCCAGAUAAGGGAGAUCAGUCGUCUUAAUAUUGCUCUCUCUUUCUCUUUUCCUAUUAGGACAACUUCAGUGGUUAUGACUUUGAGAACCGACUGAGUUUCCGUGUUCACGCAGCACUUGCCAGAAUAGAAGAACGAAAAAUGAGCCAAGGUCAAGUAAACACCAAAAGGUGAAAAUAGUAGCCAAGGUCACGAGAUAUUAACCCGGACAAACCUCACUCACGGAAUAAAUUAUGGAAAACUAACCUAAGAAAAACUUAGAGAGGAAUUGCAGAGGCAACAGGAAAGGAUUAAAACGGAUUGAUGAGGCCCUCAUCUGCCUGAUAAUGCUCAAACCUCACUCUUUGCUAUGUGAUUGCAAUUUUACCAAUCGAGUUGGUUUUCUUAAAACAAAACUGUGCAAAAAUUGCUAAACAAAAUUACUUUUAAUGAUCUCCUUUAUACUCUAGCGUAUUACUUUUACGGUAAAUCGUUAAAUUCCUUUUUAACAAAGUCAGUGUGGUGGCACAACGUUCUUAGACUGAGAUUGUGUUUUAAAGAAUUCCAUUGAUCAAUGUACUUUUGUUUAAAAAAAAAUUACAAUUUUAGUUGCUGUACAAGACUUUGAACUAUGUCUGAAGGCAGCCCCUUAGUAUUUAAUCAUUAUUCAUUUAGAGUCCAUUUUCAUUUUGCCCCACGGGUAUGGAAAAGUAAAUUUACCGAGGACUAAACCACAAUGUUGCUUCAAAGUGCUGUUAAUGAGAGAUCUUUUUGACUGUCACACAAUAAACGACUAAAGAAGGUGGCUAGUGGUGGAUAUUUGCCCAGCUGCGAAGCGGCAAGGUGAAUAUACACUUCUAGCCACUGACACUGAGGUGAAUAAUUAUUUUAGAAUAUACUAAAAUAAUUAGAUAAUAUAACACAAAGAUGAUUAGAUUAAUAUAUUCCUUCAGCGCUUACAAUAUGUUCGAGCGCGAGUUGCUUGGAGGUGAAUGGCGAAGGAUUUUCGGGGUUUGAGAAGCCAAUUAGAGCACGCCUUUAGCGUCAUUCAGUACUGUUUUGGUAUAUACUAAUUAGGUUUUUUUUUUGGAGAGAUAAACCACUUUACAGAAAUACUUCAUAAGCUUCCAUUGCUACGCGAAAAACGAUUGUUUUUUUCCUCGACUAAAUGUAAAUUGAUAUCAUGUUACUUCUGUCUUGACUCUUCAUCAAGGACGGUUAUUAUUUAAGAACAAUUCUUUGUUGAAUUACAGCUUAUUUCCAUUCAUAUUAUUUUCUUGCAAUUGGUAGCACUGAAUUUAUAACAUAAAAGGUAACGAAAGCAACAGCACAGCUUCCUUGUGUCUCUAACUCAAUGAUGUGUCCACUCAGCAUAUCAAGAUUCACAUUUCUUCAAAGUUUUCAGAAAAUCAGAACCAUUAAGAUGUUUCGAUUAAUUAAGAAGGUUUCUUAGCUUUUUGUACAAUUUUAUGUGCUUCAUGUUGUGCCACACAGAAAGAGGCAGCAAUUUCAAUUCAUCAAGGACUUGGUGUUUGAAAAUUAUAGAACCAUGCUGAGCCACCCUAAAGGUGUGAAGUUGCUUCGAAAAGGUUUUUUUUGUGAAUAUUAUUUAUACUUAGUACUAAUGAUAUCCUCUGAUUUGUACAGUGGAACUUUUUAUUAUUUAUUGAAACUUUGGAUUGAGAGAAGAGAUUAGCAACAUGUGGAUAUUUUAAUGACCUUUUUGUCAAGAAUGUAAAUGUUUAUUACCUUAUUAAGAUAUCUCAUAUAAAAGUGCACUUUUCAGUCGUAAACAAAUCUUAUUUGAAUGAAUCGUUCAGGUAUAUUUAUGAUUUUAUUUAAUGUAACUGUAUAGUUAUUUAACACUUUUGUUCUGGGAUUAAACACUCAGUAACCUCGUAAUGGGGUUUAAAA